AUGUUGAACGGUGAGAACAUCGCCGUACAUCCACAACAAGAUCGUCAUUCGCGACAUACGAUGUUCAUGUCCGUAGUACUGUCUCCAGUAGCAAAGUCUCGAGGAAAACGGAGUCCAUCCGUCUGUAUGCCUGAGGAUCAGGAACCCGGCUGCUGCCUCUACGAUCUUAUCGUUGAUUUUCAACAAAUCGGCUGGAAAUUCAUCAUAGCACCUCACAAGUACAAUGCCUAUAUGUGCAGAGGCGAUUGUUCCGUGAAUCAUACACAUGUCACUCGAUCGGGACAUACUAAGGUUGCAAAGACCGGCAUUAUCACGAGGCAAGACGCUACUGGUAAUCAAGGGAUGUGCUGUCAUCCAGCUGAGUAA